AUGCAAGAGGGGUUCGGGACAACCCCCACGGUACAGUCGCUCAAGCCCAACAAGCAUACCGACUUCGACAGCAGUUAUUGCGGCAGAGGGACAAGGCACCGCAGCCAACACAAGCAGCCCUCUUCGACACUCGCAGUCAACAGAGUAUCGCGAAUAGCUCCACCUCUCGCACCUCUACGCCACAACCCGCACCUUUCCACACGACCACUCCCAGAGGCCACCAUAAACGCCUUACAAGGUGCAGUCCAGACCCAACAAGAGGCCUUAAAGCGUCAGCAGAAGACUAAUGAGCCCCGCUCAUGGCCAGACCGGCCACAAGAAAGGUAUCGACUCCACAACGUGGCGGAACGUGACACAAGAGGGGCACUAGAGGAAGCAGUGAAGAACGCACAAGUCUCUGGCCUCGAUGAUGUAUGGAUGGUACGUUGGUUUUACAAGGUACUGGUUCACUUUAAGGCGGUCAAACCCACACUGGACUUCAUCAAAGAUAACAACAAAAACCUCACAAGGCUGACGGCGGCACAGGUGAUCGACAGCAUCUGCGAUUACGAGAGUAGAGCCACGAUCGACCCAUCGUUCAAACAACUUGCUCGAGGUAACCCUGCACGGGAAUAUCUGAACAAGGUGGUUGACAUCCACAGAAGAGGUUGGGACAGAGCUGAGAAGAAAGGGAAUUUUCCACAACGAUAUCUGAACCAUUGCCUCGUGCAAGGGCUGGAAGACUUGACAGGUCAGCUAACGUAUGAACGAACCCUCCAGCACCACCCAGGAUGGGAUAGUAUGGACACUGAAGAGCUCUUACGAAUUCUGAACCCGGACAUACAGGAAGCAGAUCUCUUUAUCCGCAAUAAGUAGAAGGAUAAGGUAUCUAAGAACAAUCGGCAACGAGGUAUGACCGACGCGACGCAACCGCAGACAGGCUACGCGGCUUCGCCAGGCAGGCAGGUGGGUAGCCACAGAUUAGAGGCGGCGCAAACCAGUAGGCACAGACACAGAGCCAACCUCUAGCGGCAGGAAACGUUGGGCGUCCACCUACAACGGCUGUAACGCAUGCCGCACGAAUGCGCCACCCAGCUUUCGACACAUCCCAUUGUGCAGGAAUCACCGCCCUAACCAGCGAGUGGGUAUGCCGACAUUUCAACAGCGGCAAUCUCAACCCACCCUCCAUGUGAACGCGGUCGAUGUUCCAGCGCAGGAAGAAGAGGAGGCGUCCAAUCCAUUGCCUCGCUUCUGCAACACCCAGACGAAGACGAGCGCGAAGAAUGGGGUGAGGAUCAACACACUGAGGACUAGGAUGACCUCUCAGACGUCUCUCAUUAGGACGUGAGCGUGUCUGACUCCGAUGUAACCCUUCUACUCCCGCAGGGUGCGUCGGCAAUCUUAUCCAUGAAAGACCCACUGAUAUCGAAAGACAACAGGGUGUUUAUCAACAUACAGGUAAAUGGAAAGACAUGCAGAGCCAGGAGUUGCAUUGACACGGCAUCCGCAAAAGAAUGGAAUUUACCAACAACACCAGCACCAGAAGGAGCUUAUAUAUAUAUAGCAGACAGAUCGUUGCGCACGAAACGUUUGGGUGCCACACUCGCCACACCAGUUCGAUAUGGGCUAGAGAUGUCGACACAAUCAUUCGAGCUGAUGAUGUAGCAUCUAGGGACCAGAUUAUUAAUAAAAAAAGCCAAUACAAAUCCC